UUAAGUCUACGGGCGAAAUGAGUACGUGUAACAUGAAAGAUGUCAAUGUCAUUAUUAUGAUUAUAUACAAAUCUUAGGCGAUUAUAUAGUUAUACUCACCUUUAAAUUUGUUGUAAUUGCGACAAUUUUAUUAGUCAAGUUAGCAGCGCCAGAAGAACAUGCUUGAAAGGAGUUUAUGAAAAUGUUGAUAAGAAAUUGGAAUGAGAUUAAUAUGAAUAUUUUUCAUAACCUGGUGUUAGUUUUGGGUAUUUUCUCCGUUUUUGUUGACGCUCAAAGAAUUGCCCCUGGAGUGCCACCUCAGCAUUAUCAGACACCACCACAAUAUCAGCAAGUACCCCAACAACAAUACGGACAACAACAAUACCAGCAAGCACCUAUCCAGCAACAACAAGUGCCAAUACAGCAGCAGCAAGUACCAGUCCAACAUCAAGUACCUGGUCAGCAACAGGUUCCUGUUCAACAAAUACCUGUUCAACAGCAGCUACCUGUUCAACAGCAACUACCUGGUCAACAGCAAGUACCUGUUCAACAUCAGCAACCUCAUCAUCAUGAUCAUGGCCGUCAACAGCAAAUUUUAAAUGCUGCCAAUGUUGUUCAAGAGGCACAGCAUAUAGCUGAGCACAUGGAUGUACCCAUGGACACAAGCAAAAUGACUGAACAGGAAUUACAGUUUCAUUACUUCAAAAUGCACGAUGCUGAUAACAAUAACAAACUGGAUGGUUGUGAAUUAAUCAAAUCACUCAUACACUGGCAUGAGCAGGGUAACAAGGAGAAACCUGGUACUAUGGAGGAGAAAGUGUUCAAAGAUGAAGAGUUGGUGAACCUGAUUGAUCCCAUUCUCAAUGUUGAUGACUACAACAAAGAUGGUUUCAUUGAUUAUCCUGAAUUCAUUAGAGCACAGCAGAAAGCAGCCGGACAAGCUAAACCUCAAGCUUAAUAUGGUAAGGAGGCAGAUUCAGUGAAUGACGAAGAAUUGGCCAAAUUUGUAGAUCCACUUCUGCAAGAUAUCGACUUAGACCAUGAUGGAUUCAUAACUUAUAUAGAAUAUAAAAAAGCCCAAGAAGUGAGAUAAAAUGCAAAAAUUCAUGCCAUACAAAUAUCUCUUGUAGUUCAGGUUCUUUGUCCAUUAUGAAAUAUUAUUUUAAUUUGCUCAAGAGAUAAUUGUUCGUGCAAUGCAUUCCAAGGUUGUUCGUUCCAUCCAUGUCUGGUAAAUUAUUGUUAUUUUAUGUUUGAAUUUUGUUUAUUCUGAUUUUUUGUACGUAUUAAAUGUGAUAGGAAAAUUUAUACAAAUUUGAAAUACAAACAUUUUCGAA